AUGGCAACCUUUCUCCUUACUCCCGUCGAACAGUACUGGGUCCAACUACUCGAUGAGGAACCAAGACUCGUUGGUGGAUUGAAGGAUCAAGUCGACACACUUCAGAGCUGGCUCAGUUUUAUAUCCGAGGAGAAGCCGGAGGAGCAUGCCAUAUCGAAGGUGCUAAUCGGGCAAAUCAGGGAGAAGGCUUACGAGGCUGAGGAUGUAAUCGACACAUUCAUCCUCAACACCUCAAAACACAGGAGGAGGAAAGCGGGGGGAAAGAUAAUCCAUGGGUCUGACCACGCAAAAACGCUUCUCGAUGUAGCAAAGAAGAUAGAAAGUCUCAACAAAGAAAUCAAUAAAAUCUUCGCCAAUAACACAAAGUACGCCGGUGAAAGAGCUGAAGCUAGUGUAGAUGCAGAUCAGUCCGAGGAGGCACUGCAGAGACGUAGGAGAGAAGUCGAAGAAGAUGACGUGGUGGGCUUCAAUAAUAACUUAAUGGCAUUGGAGAAUCUUUUUAUUGCAAACGGUGAAGAGCUUGAUGUCAUUUCAAUCAUCGGCAUGGGUGGGUUGGGGAAGACAACUCUUGCAAGUAAAAUCUACAACACUACUCGCUUCAGGGAGCGCUUCCCCCUCCGUGCUUGGGUGUAUGUAUCUCAACAUGACAAAACUAGAGAGCUGUUGCUUAAAAUUUUCAAGGAGAUGCCAAUAUCAGAGGAGUUGGGAAAGAUGCUCGAAGGCAUGGGGGAGGGCGAGUUGAAAAAGACGCUGUUCAAUUACUUGAAAAGGGAGAGGUACCUGGUAGUCAUGGACGACAUCUGGGAAACUGAUUUAUGGCUUGAGGUAAGCUUUGUAUUUCCUAAUAACUCUAAUGGAAGUAGAAUAUUGAUUACCAGUCGUAAUAAAGCUGUGACUUCAGUAUGCCAUACUCCUCCCUACAUUCUCCCAUUUCUCAAUAAAGACGAAAGCUGGAAACUCUUUCAUAAGAAGGUGUUUCGAGGAGGAGAAUGUCGUCCCGAGUUAGAGCCUCUGGCGAGACAACUGGCAGAAGGCUGUCGUGGCUUACCACUUUCAAUUGUGGAAUUAGGGAGCCUUUUAGCAAACGAAAAGCAAGAAUUGCAAACAUGGUCGAAAUUUAUUCAAGUAAAUCGCUACCUUACACAAUGCAAAAAUAUAUUGGCCUUGAGCUACACCCACCUGCCCCAAAGCUUGAAACCAUGCUUUUUGUAUCUUGGUGUAUACCCAGAAGACUUUGAGAUUCCUGUAAGGCAAUUGAUCAACCUAUGGAUAGCCGAGGGUUUCAUACAGCACACUCCCAAUUACAUAGGCGUAGAGAUGAGGCACACUCUCAAUUAUAUGUUCCUAGAGAAUGUUGCUAAAGGUUACUUGGAGCAGCUCAUUGAUCGAAACUUGAUCCAAGUGGCUAGCAGGAGGACAGAUGGAGAAGUAAAGACAUGCCGUAUCCCUGCUCUUCUGCGAGAUCUCUGCAUAUCAGAGAGUGCAGAAGUUGGGUUUCUGGAAGUCCAUACGGAAGAUAAUCCUUUAUCCACGAACAAAUCCCGCAUACUUUCCAUCGAGGGUAGAAUUGAUCCAUAUAUUUCUUCAUUCCACUCUCAUCACUGUUUCCGUUCUCUGUUGUUUCUUGGUCAAGAUAGAUAUGACUUUGAUCCAAACCACUGGAAAUGGUCCCUCGAAAUCUUCAAGUUACUUCGGGUGCUUAAUUUUGGGCGUGUAAAUAUCUACUCCAUUCCCACAAGGAUACAAAAUUUGAUCCAUUUGAGGUACUUGCGUAUAGAAUCCGUUGCACUAAAAGCUAUUCCAGCUUCCAUUGGCAACCUCAGGAAUCUAGAAACACUUGAUAUGAGGGGUACUUGUCUGGAUUGUUUGCCAAAGGAGAUAUGGAAGUUGGAUCGUUUAAAGAAUCUGUACAUGUCUGGGCCAGUGAGUUUACCUCAGAAUAAGUCCUUGGAUGCUGUGAGGAACCUCCAAGUCCUUUCCACUGCAUCUCUAAACCCACAAACUGUUCUUCCUAAUUGUGUAAGGAAAUUAGGAAUAUGGUUUGCGAGCGACGUGAGCAACAUCGAAGUAGCAAGUGUUUUUGAAAGCCUCGGCCAUGAACUUGAUCUUCGAACAUUGAAAAUUAUAAAUUAUUCUGAGCGUGCUCUUCCGACCUCACUUUUGUCGACAAUCUUCUCCACCAAGAUAACCUUACGACAUGUGCGCUUAGAUGUCGCUAGCGGCUUGAGAGAUCUAGGGAAACUUCCCUUUCUUAGGAUACUGAAACUACAAAGUUGUUCGCUUUCUGGUAAGCUAUACGUGUUUAAAUAUUCAUUUCUUGAACUCGAAGUCCUUCAAUUGGAAAAUUUGAGAAUUAAAGAAUGGAAACAAGAGGAACAUGCAAUGCCACGGCUCCGGCAUUUGAUUAUCAAAAAAUGCAUUGAGUUGACUAUGGUCCCUAACGAGCAGUUAAAGAGUUUGAGGGGCUUGCGAGAUGUGGAGGUAUUAUGGAGCAAUCCAAAAUUGGCAGAGAUGCUUCAGGAAUUGGAGAAGGAAUUGGAAAAGGAAUUGCAGAAGGUAUUGCAGAAGGAAUUGCAGGUGCAGAUUGGAUUCAAGCUAUUGAUCGAUCCUCCUCUGGAUGCCGACUUUUAUAAACCAAUUGCGGCAUGA